CUCGAGCUCAUUAUUCCCGGAGGCUUUUGGCCAUUCCUUCAGGCGGCAGUCAAUUCGUCUGGUCUCGCCAAGUCCUCGCAGCGUAUCGGUGUCUUCUCUGCUUCUUUCCGAUCAAAGAACAAAUUUUGCAAUUUGAAAAAAAGGGUUUUUCUGUGAAGAACAUUUGGCGGGAAGAUGUCGAGAAAUUUGAACCGAUUGCGUAGCUCUGGCUCCAGCGUAUAUCAGUAUUUUACGAUGCCUCAGAUACGAAGAAAAGCGGCCCAUUCAUGGUCUGCUUGGAAAGACACCUACUUUUCAGCCAAGGAGAUAUUUGAGAACCAUAAGGUGGUAAUAACGGUUGCAACUUCUUUUGCUUCUGUGGCUACUGGAUGGAUUGGUUAUACGUUACGUCACCUUCAUGACACAAGGGUUGAGGAGAGGCUAGAGAGAAUAGAAAGUGGUAUCAAAAGCAAAUAUGAGAUUAGUGAUUUGGAGCUUAAAAAGCUUUCUAGAAGUUCUGUCAGUAUUCCUGCUUGUGUUGCGACAGCUGGAACUACAUUGUGCAUCGGGUAUUUUCUGGGUUGGCGCGGCGGAAAAUGGUACUCAACCCGACAGUUCAAAAGGGAACAAAUGAAAUUACUUGGGCACAUAAAACCAAGGCAAUGGCCCCUAGCCUUCUUAAAAAGGCAUCAAGCGUUAUUUGGCACAAUGAAACUCAGAAAGUGGCCACUCAGGAUCUUAAAGAGAUCAACUAGGACAACUGAAAAUACUGCACAUACAUCAGAGAAUGUAGCGAAGGGCCAUGCAUUACUUAAUAAACCAAUCCAAGCUUCUGCCCGAAAAACAUCAGAAACGGUGGCUAAGGAUGCAGCCAUUGCGAGCGGCCAAGCAGAUACUUAUAUAUGAACAGGUCUCACACUUUACUUUUACUGGCCCCUGUGGAUUUAGGGAUGUUUAAAAAACUUGUAGGUGGCAUCAAUUUUAGAUCGAUUUGGCUAUCCAAUCGCGUAUAGUUUGAUGUAUAUUAGCAAAUUUUACAACAAUUAGUUCGUAGGUUUAACAGUAGCAGUUAUUCUCUUCCUUCUUCUUCUUUUUCUUUUACUCUUCUAUUUUAGUGUUGGUACUAAUUUUUUGGCUGUCGAUGGGGAAGGAGGAAGGGAUGCUGUUCACUUGCAAUGUUUUGCAUGGAAUGGAUCACUGGACUUUUUAUGGCUUAGCUGCAGAAUCAUGCGCGACAGCGCGAGUCCCAUGUAUUCUUAUUGACACCUGACACCUGACAUGAACUUGAUCUCUACUCUUUUGUAAUGAACAGUUACAGCUGGGUCAUUGCUUCCCUAGCUGCAUUUGAUGUGCAAUGGAACAAUUACUGAACAAAACUGUUAGAUUGUGACAUUUUAAAUUGAAUAAAUUUAUCCCUGAUUAUCUGGUUCACAAC